AGGAUCGAGCAACGGGCAUGAUGAAGAAGAAAACAACACAAUGUUGAAGUGGUUCUUGCCUUCCUAGGACUGCGUGUUCUGUUGACAGCGGCGUCCACGCCAUUGUCCAUUCGCACCGAACCCUUAAAUUGCUUCAAAAUUUUAACUUAUCUAACAAACCCUGUUUCAAUUUCUCCUUUAUAAACCCUUUCGAACACUCAAAACUAGCGAUUCAAUCCUUUUUCCAUCUGGGUUUUUGUUGUUCUUUUGAGGGUUUUGGCCUGAACUUAAGGGGAUGCUGAAGCUGGUCUUGAAAGGGGGAAGUAGGCCGCCAUGGGUGGGCUUGGCUGCUGCUGUUUGGGUUCAAAUAGCUAGUGCUUCUUCUUAUAACUUUUCUCUUUAUUCCCAUUUCCUUAAAUCCGUUCUGGGUUUGAAUCAGCAGCAGCUUACGAUACUCGGAGUGGCUAAUGACAUAGGGGAGAGCGUGGGGCUGCUUCCUGGACUUGCUUGCAACAUAUUUCCUCCUUGGGCAUUGGUUUUGGUUGGUUCUGUGUGUUGCUUUCUGGGCUAUGGAGCUAUUUGGCUUGCUGUUAGCAGAACUCUCCCCAGUAUGCCUUAUUGGCUGCUAUUUCUCACACAUUGUAUUGCUACAAAUAGCAAUGCAUGGUUCGCAACGGCUGUGCUGGUAACCAACAUGAGGAACUUCCCGCUCAGCAGAGGUACUGUUGCUGGCAUUCUGAAAGGCUAUGCCGGGCUUGGUGCUGCUGUAUACACAGUGAUAUACAGCUUGAUUUUCAGGAAGUCAGCUUCGGAUUUGCUGCUGUUUCUUGCAAUAGGGAUACCCAUUUUUGGCAUAGCCUUGAUGUACUUUGUUCGGCCUUGUACUCCGGCUGCUUCAGAGGAUCCAUUUGAGCGUGGCCAUUUUCUUUUCACACAAGCUGCUUGUGUCUCGCUAGCUGUUUUUCUAGUCUCCACCACAAUUCUAUAUGCAAAAACCACCCCUAGUGAUGCUGUGGCAUACCUCUUAGUUGCCAUAAUGGUUGUUCUGUUAAUGUCUCCUCUUGCAGUUCCCAUAAAAAUGACCAUUUGUUCUACAAAGACGAAGAAACUCGAGCCUCAAGUUGAAUCUGCCGAAGCUUUAGCUUCUGGAGAAAGCGAUUCGUCGUCCGAAAUAGAACCCUUAUUGACACCAUCUUCCUCAUCUACAAAUCUUAGAAGUUUCUAUGAGAAUGAUGAUGAUGGAUCAGAUGCAGAAACACUUCUUGCUUUAGGAGAGGGGGGCAUUCAUAAGGAGAAGAGAAGACCUAAAAGAGGGGAAGAUUUCAAUUUCCAUGAAGCUGUUAUCAAAGCUGAUUUUUGGCUGCUUUGGUUCUCGUACUUCCUCGGGGUCGGUCCGGGAAUAACGAUUCUCAACAAUUUGUCUCAAAUUGGGAUUUCUUUAGGUGUUAACGACUCGACGUUGCUGUUGGCUCUUUUCAGCUUAUGCAACUUUAUCGGUCGUUUAGGCUCCGGUGUUAUUUCCGAACACUUCGUCAGGUCAAGAACAAUACCACGGUCGCUGUGGAUGAUGUUUGCACUGAUACUCAUGGCUAUAGCAUUCCUCCUAUAUGCGUCUGGCCUCACGGGUACUCUCUACAUUGCCACAGGUUUCACUGGUAUCAGUUUUGGAGUUCUAUAUUCUAUGAUGAUCCCUAUGGCAUCUGAGAUUUUUGGCCUCAAGAACUUUGGAGUGAUCUUAAACUUCAUGCUGCUGGGGAAUCCAAUUGGAGCAGCUCUUUUCUCAGUUUUUCUAGCCAGUACUUUAUACGACAUUGAGGCUGCGAAGCAAGGUUCGAUAACCUGCAUCGGCCAACAGUGUUUUAGAAUCACUUUUUUCGUUCUUUCAGGCGUGGCGGGGUUCGGUUCGAUCUUAAGCUUAAUUCUUACAAUUCGAUUGAGGCCAGUCUAUCGAAUGCUUUACUCCAGUGGUUCAUUCCGCUUGCCUCUAAGUACAGUUUAUUGAUGUUUGGAAGAGGAUUCUCUUGGCUUUGGCCAACUUGUAUUAUCUUAAUGCUGUAACUAUUAACUAUAAAUGAAA